AUGUCUUUUGACUUCAUAGACCUGAAUGAUAUUGGUAUGGACUACCAGGACCAGGGUCCCCAGACCUUCGUUGGAAGAGUUUGCCACGCAGCAUCCAGUAUGUUCUACGGAACCAAGGCCCUGGCUUACACCUUGUGGCUGUAUACCUUCGACUGUUUCUACACCUUUAUCCUGCCAGUGACUUUCUUCGCUCUUGUGGGCGCUCUCACCGGACGUCCCUUCACCUCGUCCCGCGUUGAGUCCGUCCAGAUCGUACUGCAGCAUGUUCCCGGCAUGUUCAUGUGGGUGUGGCUCAACGCCUUGCUGUUCAACGUCUAUUCUCAACGCACCGACUUUGGCAUUAUCCGCGACCGUUGCGAUAAGCCCUGGCGGCCUCUGGUCUCCUGGCGCGUCAAGACCCGUGCCGACUCGAACGAUCUCUACAUCGCGCUCAUCCAUCUCUGCUGCGCGUUGGGCUGGUACCUGGAAACCCUGACGACCACCAUCCUGGUGAUGUGUCAGGGAUGGCUGUUCAUCCGGCUCCGGUUGGGCGAAUGGAACUGGAUCUUCCGCUCACUGUCCAAGACACUGGUCAUGCUCGGGUAUACCGCUGUCGCAACGCAGAUCGCCGCCGGUGGAUCCCCCCUCGGCCCCUCGGGAACCAGCUGGAUGGUCGACUUCGGCCUCGUCCUCUUCUCGACCAUCUCCAUCCUCGACCUGCCUGACCAGCACGGCGACGCAGUCACAGGCCGGCGUACCCUCCCCCUCGUCCUGGGUCAGAUCUGGGGCGGCUUCAUUCUCACCAUCCCGCUUGGCUUCUGGGCUUUCUUCUUCCCCUCCCUCGUCGCUCCGCGCUUCUCAGAUGUCUUCAUCCCGCAGGCCGUCGUCGCCUUGCCUAUCAUCUGGAAGUUGUGGACUGCUGACCAUUUUCUCGAACACAAAACCACCGCGUACUUGUGGGCAGUCUGGAUCUGCAUGUAUUACCCGACCUACUUCGGCUUCUACUACUUGCACUAGAUCGGACCCCUUGCCGGUUUGGACUUUCCUUCUCGUUUUGCUUCUGGAACUCGGGUCUCUCUCUCUCUCUAUCUCUCUGUCUGUCUGUCUCUUUUGUUUAGCUCUGUUUAUCGGACCAGAACAAAGGCGUCGAGAGGGGACUUACAGCGAUAGAACUUAACGAUGAUGGAACCUUCGGU